AUGGCGGACCGCACCGACGCGCGCUUCAAGGACAAGGAGGCGGCGAGCAUCCGCGCGACCAAGUUCCCCGCGCACUUCGCCGAGCGCGUCGACCUGCGCAAGGUCAACAUCAGCGUGCUGCGCCCGUGGAUCGCCAAGCGCCUCAUCGAGCUCAUGCGCGUCGAAGACGACGUCGUCGUCGAGUACGUGUACAGCAUGCUCGAGGACAAGGACAAGCCUAUCCCAGAUCCGAAGAAGAUGCAGGUCAACCUCGUGGGAUUUAUGGACAAGUAUGGCGCCGCGGCGUUCAUGGACGAACUAUGGAAGCUGUUGCUCAGCGCGCAGGCGACGGUCGGCGGCGUCCCCGCGGAGUUCAUCGAGGCGAAGAAGAAGGAGAUCGAGGCUGCGCGCGCGGGGAACGCCGCGAGCGGCGACCUCGAGGGCCAGAUGCGCGCGCGGUCCGACGCCAUCGGCGAUCGCAACGGCCGCGACGGGAGGGUGAGUGCUUGA